AUGGGUAAAGAAAAAACUCAGCAACUUUUAAUGGAAGAUGAGUUUUUUGAAAUUCGUGUCGCUGGAUUAAUGAAACAACUGGACUUCAAAACCAUUACCACAGCGCCAGAUGGUAUUCCAAACGAAGUUAUUCUUGAGCAAAUUUCACAUAACGCACAUCUUGCGAUUCAAGAGCAAUACGACACCUUAAACCAUAAGGAAAAGAUGCUUUUGGUCGUCAGAUUGAAUUGGCCAUUGUACCCGCACCUCGUUCCUUACCGCGUGUUGUACGCUUACCGAACGAGCUUACAGACGGCGCAGAACAUUACAUUUUAUUGUCAGCGAUUAUCCAACAGCAUAUCAGUGAUUUAUUCCCCGGCAUGA